AUGCUGAAGCUCUUUAUUCUACAGAGUGCUUUCUUGGGAGAAGAUAUGCCUGCAGCACGCAAGACUCCUCUCAUGUUACAGGCCCAGGACAAUCGCACGCGCAGCCACCGCUGGCGGGAGUGCGUGAAGAACGAAGAAGUUUGUACCAGAGUAGUGACGAUACUGUCUACUGCUGCAAUCAUUGCCAGUGUCGCAAGUGUGGGAAUUGCCAUGGACACUGACACGGGCGCCGGAGCAGGAUGGGUGGCUUUGGAGGUUGCCUGCGCCUGCAUCUUCGUGCUGGAGAUUGCCGUGAAGACAUGCGUUCUGGGCCCGUGCGUGUACUUCUGCGGACCCGCAUGCCACUGGAAUCUUUUCGACGUUUUCCUGUCUUCCUUGUCCAUACUGGAAGCGAUCUUGAGUUCGGCUCUGGGAGAAGGUUUUCACAGAGCAUCGCAUUCGCGAGCGGCGAUGGUCCUGCGUUGCUUCCGCAUUGCUAGGAUGGCUCGCUUGGCGAAGCUGCUGCGAAUGCCAUUGCUGGAAGAGUUGGCGACGAUAAUCUCAGGCUUUCUUAUCAGCCUCCGGCCGCUGUUUUGGGUCACGCUGGCGCUCUUCGCAGUGGUUUACUUCCUGGCACUCGUAAUGCGCUCGACACUGGAAAGCCUUUCAGGACCGGAUCCAAGUGUUUCAACACCGGAGCCUUUUUUUUCAGGAUCGGAGCCCGAGGACGUGGAGCUUCAAGAUGUCAUAGAUAGAUACUGCGGUAGUGUGAUGGAUUGCCAGUUUACCGUCUUCCGUUGCAUGCUGGGAGACUGUACGACUGCGAAGGGUGCGAACCUGGUGGCGAUCUUCAGCAAGGACUUCGGGCCUGCCUUCAAUUUCGUGUAUUGCUUGGGCAUGGUUGUCGUCUUCUUCGGCUUAUUCAACGUGAUUACUGCAAUUUUCGUUGAGGCCACGCUCAAGGGCUUGAAGGAGAGCGACGCUCAGAUGAAGUAUGCGAGACUGCAUGAGUCCAGCUUCGUGGUGGAGAAGAUGAGGGCACUGGUGGCCGUCUCUGUGCGUCACAUCAAAGAACAGAGGCAAGAACCGAAGCAGCUCUACUCGGAUUUCAUCCGCACUUUGACGGGGCAGUCAUUUGAGUCGCAGGGAUGCCACGCCCACGAGGAGGAGAUCUUCAUGACACAGCAAGAGUUCCUCCGCUUGCUUCGAGCUUCCGAGGUGCGCCAGCUGCUUUGUGACCUGGAUGUUCAGGUAGAGCCGCGGCCAGAGGUUUUUGACACCUUCAACGUCGAAGACGACGGCUCUCUCUCCAUGUCGGAGCUGAUCACGGGCCUCAUGCGCUUUCGAGGAGACCUGAACAAGAUGGACAUCUGUCUUGUGCAAGAAGAGCUAGCCAGAUUGCGUCAUCAACUUUAG